GCUUCGACAUGACUGGUCAGUGAGGGAACUACAUAUCCAAUAGGUUGACUUAUCGAGAAAGCAGCUGCAGCUCCUCCUACCAUUAAACAAAAACAUUCUUUGGACUGGCUUGAUGACAUUGAACAUGUCUAUAUACGGUAGGAUGUGCGUCCCCCUAGCUAUCAAUUCGGUAUCUGGCUCGAAGGCGCUUGUUUUAGGGCUAGAAGGAUCAUCUUUAGGUGAGGUCCCAGGACGAAACCGCCGUGGUGCUCAUACAACACUCAAGAGAACAUUGAAACAGUCAGGCAACACCAAUGUAAGAGAGAGAAGAAUAAAAUGGAAUAUGAACUACCAGGACGACAUCAAAGGAUUCUUUACGGAGGAACGAAGUGGCAGACACGGAAGCAUUCAAGAAUUAAGACUACAAGCAACCAUUCCUCACCAAUUAUCCAGAAGUAUCUUCACCGUUUACCUUGUUUCAGCAUUCCUAGACAGGCGGGUUUCUCAUGCCGGCAGCCACCCAGGACGAAGUUACGACAAUGUAUAUCACCUAGAGAACAAGCACCGUUCGAACCUGUACGAAGCGCUUAGACGACGCUAGCAAUCCAGCCAUGCAAGUAUGCCAGCAUCCGACUCACUUUUGGGAGAGAACACCAAGCUACCUUACAGCGGCCAACUUGUGGCGACUAUAGAAACUCGAAGGUAUAGCAGUGGAGGAAGUGCUAGACACGCUUGGAAAGGCAACUCAGAACACGAUAGCGAGGUCAUUCAACCAGCCAACCAACCUGUUUUUGCAAUGACUUCCAAUCCCCGCGAGGCAACGGAAUGAACAAUAUAUUUCCUCUAAAACG